AUGUCGAUAGACAGUUCACGUGAGAGGCGAAGUCUGGCAGGCCUAUGGGACAGUGAGCGAAUGGAUUGGUUGUGUGGGAGCUCUUGCUUUAGAUCCAGAAGGCUUUCGGAAGAGCUGUGUUCAAGGAUGACACGAUUUGGCGAAGAUGAAGAGAAAAUGUCGAUCAGCUCAUCAAAUCAAAUCACUCAUAACCUGGAGAAUCGAGCACUAAAGUAA